AUGAACCAUAGUAAUAGACGCUGUUUGGUCUGUAAGAGUGCUAGAUUGAUUAGUGACAACUUGGGUGGGUAUGUAUGUGAAAGAGGACAUAGAACUGACAUAGUCACCCUAGUUGAUGAGAAGAUUGAGAAUGCUCGUCAUCUUAAAGGGCUCAGAAAACGCAUAUCGCGUCGUCGUGAAAAGAAAGAGGCGGAAAAUCUUCAAGGCUUUAGAGGAGAAAGAGCAUAUUAUUGUCUCCUUUCAGCAUACCAGUUUAUCCUGAGAGCAUUUAUUCACUCUAUGAUACACGAUAUGGGCUGCCCAUUAGAAUACGAAUCUGUAAUGCAACAGCUCUGGUUGCUAUAUAUCAAUAAAAUACCUAAACUUACUACUCCUCGUGAAUGGGUCAAGGAACUGGAAUCAUCCGCUGAUGCAGAUACCGUUCAAACCGAAAACAUUGAUUAUGGCGAGAUGAUUGAAGACCUUGUGUUCAGGAGCCAAUUAGAGGAACGAAUACCAACGUAUGAUAAUCAAAAUACAGAUGAUGGCGAAGAUGAAGAUUACAAUAAUGACACUGACUACUGUACCGAUGCGGAAAACGAGCAGAUGCCCCCAAACAGCAGAAUCACGAACCCAGCAAUGCCGUUUCUGUUGAUUCUAUGCUAUUAUGGUGUAUUGUGGUUGCGUCUUCCCAUUCUAUUUAUAGAUAUUCACCGAGCGGCCAACAACGGAGUGAUUCCUUACUUUAAUGCACGCGCAAUACUACCUUCCACACUAAAGAACCAUCUUCCUGGCCACAUAAGAAAUGGAUUUGGUCAAGAGUUAAUGCCAGUGGAAACAUGCUUACCAUUCGUACGAAGGUUUGCAGAAUUCUACAAGACUAACUAUGGAAUAACAUUCCCUGAGAUCAAUACGCCGCCUUUAAUGUAUCGAUAUAUAAGAGACUUGAUGUUACCUCCCGAAUUAUAUGUUGUUGUUAGGGAGAUAGCGAAUGUGACGCAGACGUCUUUUACAAUAAACGAUGCUAAGAGUAAGCUGAUGCCAUGGGAGAUAUUGAUGGCAUUUGUCAUAAUAGCUGCAAAAAUGUUAUUUGGAUUAGAUGGCAAAGAGAGAGUCUUUAAUCAAAACGAUCAAUUCGUCAUUUACAUGCCAUCAAAGCAAGACUGGCUAAAGACUCUGAAUGAAAGACGAGCUGAUAUAUUUACACAGAAACUACCAUUCAACUGGAGGCAAUGGCAAUCGUUCUCUGAGCAUAGUCCAGACAAGUAUGUUGAUAUAUGCUCAUCAAAUGUGGUUGGUAAUAAACAGCGAGCACGUCGUAGGUACCGUUAUAAACAAAACAGUGCAGAUGAGAUUGCCGCUUUCUUUACUCAACAAGACCGACCAAUAAGCGCGUCCACGUCUACAUCUGCGUCCAGUUCCACCUCUCUUCUCAUUGAUCGUAUUCAUAAAUUGUUUCAAUCUGUAAACGUCAAGUCAGCGGCACUUAAAAUGCGUAGCAGCCAAUCCGAAGAUCCGUCUGCAUCUUGCGAUCAGCUGUCUAUAGGCCAAGAAUAUACUAUGUAUAGAGACAGAGAGGCGAACCCAUUUCUUACGGCACCGUCUGAAGAAUAUAAUAGUGAUUAUGAAAAUGUGCUUGGAUUUGCCGCCGACUAUCUUGGAAUUACCUGUAGUCGGAUGCAGCGAGUAGUGUUUGCAUAUGAGGUAAAACUAAGUGACAUAAUUCAUGAAAUAGCAAUAUAG